CAUCAGGUGGUGGUGGUAGGGUUCUGCUAGGCUCAUGGGUUGUUUUAGGGUUGGUUAUGUUGGGUUUGUGGGAUUUGUUUGGGUUUAUGGUUAAUUGUAGUGAUGUGGGCUAGUAGUUUUAGUGCGGUUUUUAUCCGCGUUAGUUGUGUUUUUAGCAUGUUAGUUUGUUGCCCUCUUAAGAUUGAUAUUUUAGAUAUCUUUGAUUGUACAAUUAAAAUUUAUCUAAUGAAAUUUUUAUUUGAUAAAAAAAAAAAAAAAAAAAGUUAAGAGCAUGCACUCAAGUUCCAGUGUUUGAAUUCCAUCUUUCCGCUUGUAUUAAAAAAUAAAAAUUGGGUAAUUAAAGAAAUUUAAAAAUAAAAAAUAAAAACCGCAAUGACGACAGAAAAAAUAAGUCCAACAAGUCAACAAAGGUGACUAGUAAACAGAAGAAAGAGGCCCACAAACGACGACGUCUUAAAGUCGAGCACUCCCGCCGUUCUCAGCUGAAAAUGGUUCGAAUCCACGUGAGGCACGGCGACGGCUCCGACCAAAAGGAGUUCCUCUACGACUGUUCAACCACGUCGCCAAUUGAACAAAUUGCCCCCGAAAUCUCGCGAAUUUCCAAUCUUCAAUCCAGGAUCGACCGCCUGGUUUUCGAGCUUGAACCUCAUUUGGAACCCCUCCAUGGCGACGCAAAAGCUGUUUCUCUCCUUAGAGCUUUAUCUGAAGUCAAAUCCUAUGCUUCAAAGGACCAGGUUGUUCACAAUAGGCCUUUGUCUUAUCAUGUGCUAAGAAACCAUGUACAAGCCUUAGAGAGAGAGCUCAACUCGGUUCCUCAGUUUCAGAAACUGUUAGCAGACGUUGAAUCUAGUGGAGAGGAUUUGAGGCAGGUUUGUUGGGCCGGGAAAGUGCUUGAUAGAAGUAAGCGGUUAUGUGAUUAUAUUGGAGCCAAUGAGAAAACAAAGAUUGUUAUCAAGCUGCAGUCAACUGAGUCAUGCCCUGUAUAAUUAGUGGAAACUGCACGAUGCAUCCAAGGGACCACAAAUGGCUGCGAAGAUGGAAGCUGAUAGACCAAGGCACUUGAUUCUCAAACAAGUUACAGGUCUACGGUGCACUGUCAAAUUAUAAUGUAAAUUCUUCCUCAUCUGGUUUGUGUGUUAUAUUUUGGUUUUUGGUUGGAUGAGAAUCCCAAGAAGAAUGAUAAGAGAUUUUGAAUUUGUGAUGCAUUGACAAUAUCAUUGUCUUUAAGUACAGAUGACAGUAAGCUGUAUGAUCUUAUUCAAUGACAGGCUAGUUUACCUUUGUUUUGGAGUGGAAUUUGUGAUUUCUUAUAUGGAUAUUUGGAUUUAUUUAGCUGUUUAAAAAGG